GCGUUUGUUUGUGUGUCGGCGAGUCCCGGCGGUGUAACCGGAGAGGGGCCUCAGAGAGGGGAAUGCAGGACUGCAAUGGAGCACAAUGCAAUACAGUGGUUGGGUGCUCCCUCCUGCCAGCGAGGCAGCUAUGCCUUCUACAAGUCGGUGAGCAGCAGAACUCAACCCGAUGGGCCCGCCCAGGUGUGGAAGCUCGGGGAGUUUUACUUCAUCCGCUGUGGACCGCAAGAUCCCGUGUGCAUCGCAGAGUUGACCUUACUGUGGGAGGACCAGACACGGCAACACCUGCUGGCCAGCGCCAGACUCUACUUCCUGCCAGAGGACACGCCAAAGGGCCGGACCAGGGAGCACGGAGAGGAUGAAGUUCUGGCGGUGUCCAGGAAGAUGGUGGUGCGGGUGGAGGACCUGGUGCGAUGGUCGUGUGCGGAGCCGGCAGGUUGGAGCAAUAGCCUGAAGCCGCCACACUGCGGGACCAACGGCCUCCACAAGCCUCUGCAGAGCAGCGAGGGAAACGGAAACAACACGCCCAAAACUGAGAACGACCCGAUGGAGCGUCAGGGUGUCAAAGUGCUCAGCUAUCCGCAGUACUGCCGCUUCCGCUCCCUGCAGAGGCGCAUCCAGGACGCAGCAAGGAGUCCGGGACUGCAGGACCCCCAUUUGCUGGCCCUUGGGGGCGUCAAGGCGCUGCCCAACACCAGGUUCAUGUACUGCAGGGACACCUUCAACCACCCAACGCUGGAAAACAACUCCAGCUUCUCCUGGCAGUUCAGAUGUCCAUCUCUCAGUCUUCGAGGACGACCUCGCAAGAGGAAAGCCCGAGACGGCAAAGACUCUCCGACCUCCAGCCAAUCAGAUUCCUGGAUCGAGAGGAUGAAGGAGAAUGUGAUGGGCAGCGUGGAGGUUGGCUGUGAGGGCAGCUGGCUCCCCCACCCCGAGGAACAGCUGUUCCUGGAUCAGCUCUUUGCCUUCAUGGACCGUCAAGGCUUGCCUAUCCAUAAAGUCCCCAACCUCGGCUUCAAGAAGAUCGACCUCUUCCUCAUGUACUCUGUGGUCAAGCGGCUCGGAGGCUACAAAAAGGUGACAUUGGACCGUCUGUGGAAAGUGGUUUAUAACGAGCUGGGAGGAUGCCCCGGCAGCACGAGCGCUGCUACCUGCACCAGGAGACACUAUGAGAGGCUGAUGCUUCCUUAUGAAGAGCACCUCAGGGCAGGAGGAGUAGAAUUCAAAAUCCCAGAAUCCCCCAUGCCUCCAAAACCAAGAGGGAUAAGGGGAAGGAAACCACUUCAGAGAGGCAGGAAACCAGGACCUAAAGCCAAGGAGAAGAAGAUUACAGAUCCCUCUCCUCCUCCUCCUCCUCCUCCUCAUACUAUUGUGAACUCAAACGGCACCGUGGUGGUGAAGCGAGGCCGAGGCCGGCCGCCGGGCACACGCAACAAGGCUACGCUGAUCGCUCAGGCGAAGCUGCUGGCUCAGCAGCAGGCUAAAGCCAAAGCAGCGGCGGAGGCUCAACAGCAGAGCAGUCCUCUGCUUCCAGCCAGAGGUGCCAUUGGACCAACGCCCAGCAGCGCCCACAGGCCCAUCCAGCCAGCUGUCCUCCCUGGCAACAUGCCCCUCACCCCUGACCUCUCCCCCAUGUCGGUCUCCUUCGUCCCCUUCCAGCCCAAGCCAAAGGAGCUGAAGCCGGACAGAGUGGAGUCCGUGGCUCCUGCUCCGGGUGUGCUCCUCUCCACUCUGCCUCGCCACUUUGUUGGAGGAUCUCUGGGAGGCUUCAGCCCCAUUAAAGGCGUGUGUCCUCUGGAUGUCUUCAGGAGCCGCAUCAGCCUCCACAGAGGCCUGGAGAGCCCGGCCCUGACGCCCCAGGACCCGAGCCAGCACCAUCCAACCAUCUACACCCUCCAGCCCAAAAGUGGAAGCCCGGAUACCCCUCAUCCCAGCGGGGACCAGCCUCAGCCUCAGCCCCACCUGCUCCACCAGCAACACAACCGGUGCUCGGGGUGUAACUUGGACGAGGGAGCCCAGAGGGGAGGCAGUCGGGAUGUCAGAAGCCGGCCUCCUCUGCCCCCUCUCCGGGUCCUGCCUUUGAACCUGGACUGCAGCGUUCAGGUGUGCCAGCUGAUGAGGACUCGUCUGGGCUCGUCUCAGUUCCAGACCUUCACCCGCCGACUGUCUGAGGCGCUGUCUCAGGACCUGAGCACCAAGCCCCCCAGCUCUCCCAUCACCCCUCCCCCCGAGCAGGCGCUGCCUCUCAACCUCAGCAAACGCUUCACGGUUAAGAGACCCAGCACAGAGGGACCAGAGCCGAGUCCAGCGACGAUCAACGGAAACACGGAUCAACCGCCAUCCAAGAGACCCAGAACCGGCUGCACGGAGCAGCCAGAGGACUUCAGCCUGGGCGACCGGUCCAGCUCUGCAGGAAGUGUAGGUGGAGGAGUAACGGAGCAGGACGUGGAGAUGAAGAACCAGGAGGAACCCGCAGACCUGAGCUCCCCCAGCAGGAUCAGGGCCUUCCUGCUCGGGCUGCCCCCCUUCCAGGUGAAAUUUGAGGAGGAUCUGAACGGGACGAGGUUUGGGAAAUUUCUUCCGGGAUCUAAAGCUGAACCUCAGAGGACCGAGACAGAGAACGGAGAGGGAGACGUGGCGGUCAAGAAAGAAGUAAAGAUGGAGGAGGAGGUGGUUGAAAUAGAAGGAAGUGAAACUGAGAGGAGCAACAAACUACAGAAGUCGGAGCAGGAGGCAAAAGAUCCCAUCCACCUCUCCGGUCCUGGCCCAGCAGAGCUGAAGAGAGCCGGGCCCUCAAACACUGACACACACUGUUUUUAGAAUUAUUCCCUCUGUGAUAUUAUGUGAGCAGAAAACUUUCACAUAAGUCCCGGAUUUGUCGAUUUUCGAAUCUGGAAAGUUGUGUCCACCGUGGAGGGCUUGGUGUUGGUUUUGGACGCUGGAUGCUUCAGCUGUUGAUCCGGCUCAGGUUAAAGCCUGAAUACGUGAAACAGGGAUGUUUCUUCUCACCAUCUUUGGGAACAUUUGAACUCAAAACUUCUCUUUUUGUUUCUUUUUUUUGUCUCCUGUUGUUAUUGUUUCCUGUUUUUGUGUUUUCUGUACUUCGAUCACGUCGUUCAUUUGACUUUGCAGAGGAAUGACGACACACAGACUCAUGACAAUCAUAAAUCAGUUUCUCUUCCUUUCUCUGUUGAUUUGUUUCUUAUAAGGUUAAAAAAAAAAAGAAACAGAGGAGUGAGACUGUGACUCUUUAACAAACACUGCCAUAACCCUCCAUAACACUAUUAACUCCACUAUUCAAUGUUACGGUGAAAUAUUGAAUAAGAUCCAUAUUACUUAGAAUAAAAAUCAAUAUUACAUCUAUGGGUGAUGCUAUGCAUCAAGACUUCAUUAAUUAGCAUCUAGAGUGUACUGUAGUCUGUUAGUUUCAUUUUUAAAUUGUACUCUACUUCUGUAGAGAGAGUUAUUUUCUGAUAAAGUGUCUAGAUGUUAUCUGGAGCUCUGAGUGAAAAGCUCCUCAGUCUUCACAUUAUAGCUCGUUAAGUGAAGCGUUUCUAUAGUCUUGCUCGUUAGUUCAAAUUAUAUAAACUUGUCUUACACACAUGUGCCUUAAAUGGCCUGCGAUCUGUUUCAUCGCCGGCUUUAAAUACAUUUAUUUAAAGAGAUACCUUGAUGUUGGACCUGAUUUAGUUUCCCUGUACUCCUCAGUAGGGCUGAGUAUCUGUUGGGAAAUACCUGUGUGGAUACGAUACCUGAGUUUCUGAUAAACUACGAAGCAAAAUUCUCAAUAUUAGCAGCUAAAACUGGUAAAAUGCAGGUUUAAAUCAAGAAAUCUCUGAUCAGACAGUAAGUAAAGAAGAGUACGAGCCUGAUGAAACGUUCAAUGCCAGCUCUCAGCACUUGAAUCUUUUGAUACUCAGUGUUGCUGACACAUUUCGUUUGAUACUCAACCCUGGUGUUCGCAUCGUAAAGACCACUGUGGCGAUGUGUUGGCAGCCAAUAAGAAGUCACAUCAGAGCAGGAGGAAAAACUGUGUGUAGAGAUCAUACAUAGCCCAAACAUUCAGACUACCUCAGGUUCUUUUUUUGGUAUUAUUUAUGCCUGCUUUAUCUGUUUCAGGGCGGUAGAGCCUAUCCCAGCAUGCAUUUGGUCAGAUUGGAUGCUGGCCCAUAAACACAGACAGACACUCGUGAACCCCGUUGCCACUUGGUGUUAAAGGAUAAGGCUGCUGGUGGUGUUCUAUAUUUAUAUGGAAAGACCAAAAACAACACUCUUGUUAGUUCGUCACGCUUUCUCACUUCCUGUCACGUUUAUUGUUCGUUUUUGGUCUUUUAAAUGAAUUUGUUGACUACGGGACAAAUGUAGAAUAUCACCAGAAAUAUCCUUUUAAUCUUCAAUCUGUAUCUGGAUACUUCUGGUACCAGCAAGCGCUCUUGGCGAACCUGGUUAGUCGAGAUAGCGGGAAGAGAUGGGCGUAACUGACCUUAUUUUUUAAGAGUAAGAUGAGAAGAUAAAUAUCAGCUAGCUAAAUUUAAGCUGUAAAAAUGACAUCUUGUACUUUUUCAGGACUGGGUUAUGUACUGGACGGCCAAGAAAUAGUCUGAUACACAACCCCCUGCAUAAAAAUGCUUUGUUUUUCUUACAGAUUAAACAAACGAGACUAACAUUUAAAUCAGUGGGCUAAAAGGAUCCGCUGAGUCGAAUUUGUUAAUUUUAGGAGAGGCUAGCUGUUUCCCUUUGUUCCCAGUCUUUGUGCUAAGCUAGGCUAACAGACAUGAGUGGCAUCGCUCUUCUCAUCUAACUCUCUGCAAGAAAAUGAAGAAGUGCCCGUCUAUGGCUUUAAGAUUGUGGCCAAACUGGCUGAGAUCUGAUAAUAUUGUGACUGUUUCUGCUGCAACAACAUGAUCUUUCUUUCCUGAUCAGAUAAGAUAUCCAGAUAUAGAUUGAAUGUUAGAGCUGGAGAAGGCAAAUUAUUUCCUAAGCAUUUAUAAUUGUUGAAAUUCUCUUUACAUCCCGACAGCAAUUAAGAUAUCAAAUGCUCUGACAGUGACGGGAUUGGCUGGCCUGCCUGUGCAUGAACAUGUGUUUUUGGAGGGAGGGGGUGUGUUUUAUUUUAUUUUAUUUUUUUGGGGUUUUUUUUCUUCGGUCGCCAUCUCUUGCUGGCUUCUCAAACGUUGCCAGCGUUAAUGCCAGAUGAAAGUGGCUUCCUCUUCUCGUAUGAAGUGCCAACAUGAGACACCGUUUUGUGAGAAAACCUGUGUGUAGCUGAAAAAAAUUUAAAUAUCAAGGUAUCCCUUUAAUUGCAGCCUUUUUUUCCUUCAACUCAUCUCUGUUUGCUUUUCUGCCACAGACGGACGUUGGUUCAGAUUUGCACACCUACUGUACCCACUUGCAUCGUUUGUUUUUCCAUAUUUAUAUUUGCCAUUGUUUGGGGGGGGGGUUCCCCUUCUGCUAACGUUUUGUUAUUUUUACCAGAGUAGUAGAAUGAACUACGACACCGAAAUUAACUGGUGCUGUUUCUUAGUCACGUAGCUAUUGCCAUAUUGUUGUUUUUGUUUUUAUUAAUAAAGCUGCAAAUUGUUUUCAUCUCAGCAAGUCAUUAAAUCUUGACUUCACCAGACUUAACGUUUCUCACAGCAGAUAUUUGUCCAGAGAGUUUUAAGAAAAUAUUUUAAAGAACUAAAUUAAAAGAAUACCAUGACUUGUUAUGAAAAUAUUUGCAGUUUUUUUUCCUGAUAUAUUUGACUGUUUGCUUCAUGUGAGACAAACAUGAAUUGUUUGUUAAUGAAUGCAUGAGUAGGGAACAUGUAUACUCCAGUAGAUCAUAGCUGGGCAGAUGCACCAAAGCACAUGUAUGUUCUCCCACCAGAGCUCCUCCUUUCUGUAACGUUUAUCUUUAUGAUGAAGUCAGAGUUAAGAAUAGUAUUUCAGGAUAUUGUAAGUAAUUAUUUUACUGCGAUGGCAGAUAAUCCUGUUCGGUAAUGUCUGUUUUCUCCUCCACUCAAGCGGAGAAAUGAGCAGUAACAAGCAGAAGAUGGUGAGAUACUUCUAACUUUUUUUGGGGGGGGGUGAAUAUUUCUUGAAUCUUUUUCAUCAACGAGUCUUGAUAAUCUUACAAGAUAAAUGUAUAUCGCGUCUUGCUCUGCUUCAUUCUGUCCUUAAAGUCUUUAUUUAUUAGGGCCGUGUGUUUCUGAGCAUGCUCAGUGCGCCGUGCAGAGCUGCCCUGCGUCGCACUCGACCAGUGAAAGGCCUCAGUCUGCUUCGAAGGAGAGAGUUCGUAUGACCACGGCUGAAGUUAAGUGCUUGUAGCUGUUCUGAACCGUGGUGAAGGGUUGCUCGGGGUUCGCCAGGCGGCAGUAAAACGCCGUUCAGUAACGUGCCGCCAACUUGUCUUGAAGUUGUUCAAACGGGCGGACGGCAGCGCACACUGUGCUCAAAGUCGUUCAUUUUGUUGCACACUCUUUUUCCAUUUUUCACACAACUGCUAUCACUUGAGUCUAAACUGACCAAUCACAGCACAAAUUGGGGUUUUUAGACGGUGUUGUACAAACAUGGAGUAAAUGUAUUUUGGCAUCGUCUCUUCAGCUACAUCCACUGCUACGUUUUCGUUAAAAACUGCUGCUACGUUUGCUCCUCCUGUCCAGACUGCUGCUGACCCAGUUGUCAUUGGAGGACUUUAAAAACGAUGACGCAGACGCUCAAAUUUGGCUUUCUGAUUGUUUCUUAGGAGUCGUGCAAAGCCAACGCAUAAAUCUACUGGUAUUCUUAUUAAAAUAUUUUGCAUUGUGCAGAGAAUAGUCUCGCGUAAUAGGCACGUGCAUGCACACCGUUUAGAUAGGAGAUAAAUUAUGAAAUGCAGAUAAAAACACUAGUGUGGACGGAGAUCGUUUUCAUUUUAAAACUGCUUUUUUUUAUUUUAAAGGAAGACGUAGUAGGUGUAGCCUUUGUGUCCUCCUCUUCUGCUGGUUGGUUUAAUGGCAGCGACCGGAGCGUAUUCACGAAGCAGCAGUGGAUGGAAACUAGAAAUCAUUCACAUCCUUCUGAGGAUUUCCUGGAUAUUUGUUUAAAUUUUGCGUCACAUUUGGACGGAAACUUUGCCGAUGAUAAAUGGUGGCUAGACUUUUAAAUUGAGAUGACGUCCGGGGAAAAAUAAAUAGCUUUGAAGGCUCUGGGAAAGUUUUUAAUAGAUAUAAAAUCUUUAUUGACUUUGUUUGCCACUUCACAUGUGAACAUGUGCAGCGACAUGAAAGUCUUUGAUUCUGAAACUGUUAUCACCACACAAACGACUGUAACACUUAAGCCUUCAUGCGGCACAUCGUACCAACCUUCAAGUACAGCCCGGCUCCUAACACUCACACACUGGGAGCUUCCCAUUCAAAGCACAGCUCCACUGGACCAGUUUUAUCUCCGUGCCCCUCAGUCUGACUCUCCUGAACAUUUUGCUUUUUAGUUAAAUCUUUCCUGCCUUUCUUUCAUGUUAAUGACGCUACGCCGCUGAGGGGCUGACCGCCUGGUGUGUCAUUCAAGGGGGGCGCGGAGAUCUUCUACUUUAGAGUUGAGCAGCAUGUUAAACCAGUAUGAGAGUUUAAUAGUGUUUUUUUUUUUCUUUCCUUCUUCUCUUGGGUUAUUUAAGCUUUUAGUUCGUAAAGGUUUCCUUAGGUAUCAUUUUUUCUCCUUUUGUUAAAGUUAAAGAUUUAAAUGUUUACAUUUUGUUAUGCAUGUUCAAACAGAUUUGUUAUACCCAGUGUUUUGCACACUACUUCAGCAUCAGUCUAGAACGGCACUGCUCAUCAAUGUAAAGUACUUAAAAUCAAGUGCCUGAUACUUAAAAAGAGAAAAUUAGAGUUGACAUUUGUAAGAAAAUGAAAGUUAAACUUGCUCAUUUAGUCUUCAUGCCAUUGACUUGAACAACGGUUCCUGUUGUUGUGUGACGUUAGAUUGUGUCAAAAGCCUUGAUUACAUAAGGGGAUAUAACUUUGUUUAAAAAAAAUAAAUAAAUAAAAGCAACAGUUCGGCUCCACAAUGUCUGCCGGAGCAAACUGGACCUACCAGACUCUACAACAGGGACACCUAGUGGCCAUCAGAGCACUCUGUGGUUCACGCAGUCACCAACAUUCAUGAAGAGAAAUUAUCAAAUUAAAAAAGGUGCAACAUGUGGCAUUUUAACAUUAAACUGCAAAAGAAGGUCCAGCAGAUUCCUCUCUGCACUGAAUACUAUGAACCGCCUUUUGUUUUUGUUUUUUUUGAUAUGCAGGAACUAGUGAAUGUGACAUUUUGCUUGAAGAAAUUGAGUUAAAGUCUGACCUUUCUGCAGACCGGCAGAUGGUUUAAGCUCUAGAAACGCACCAAACGUUUCUGGUGUUUACAUUGUAGUUGUACACAAUCUUGAUAAUGAAAAUAAAUUAAAUAAAUGUCUAUAAAACAAGACUAAAAAUAGUGAAAACCUUUUUUUAAUUUCUGUGAGUCCAACACGGCGUCUUUAAAUGUCCUGUUUUGUCCAGCCAGCAGUCAGUUUACUAUCAUAAUCGAAAGAAAUCAAAUGCGUUUUUACUAAGUUUAAAUAAAAUUUAAAUUGUUUCCGAAUAAAUUGUUGGUCAUUAAUCAAUUUAAUUAAAAAGUUGUUUCAGUUCUAGAAAUGUCAAAAGAUUGAAAACAACCAUGUUUAUUUCUGGAGUUCGCCUCUGCCGGCCAGUCGAGUCCGAUGUCAGUAGUUCCAGUUUAAGUUUAAAUGUAUGACUUUGAGCUUCUUGAAAACCAACAUUUAUCCUCUUUGGGGAGCGAGAAGUAGAGGCAGCACAGUGGUUUAUGGGAAAUGUACUUUGAAUUUGAAGAAACAAGCCAUAAAAGAGCUGCUUGCUGAUCCAAACGUCUCCAUUGUGUGACAAACAUCAGUUGAUGUUAAAAAUGCUGCAUGUGCCAUCUUUUUUAUGAACUGUUGGAUGUUAAAGUACCAAUGAAUGUCUCGGUCACAUCUUCCUGUGAGCUCAUUUUUUAAUCACUUUACACCAUUUCCUUUUUUGUUCUCCUUGAAACAAAAUCCCCCAGAUCACCUUUUAAAAACAGAAGCGUGCUCGACCACGUGGUCUUCUCUUCACAAACUGUGCAGAACUUUUGAAGACGCUUCCCGGUAUAAUCGCCUGCCCGUUUGCAUCUAAAAUGGCCGCCAAGGUGUUUGACUUGAAUGGGAAUUUUGUUGUUUCAUGUUGCAUUAUGUGUGAUUUGAUGAUUGCAGAUCUGCACCACAAACUCCAGUUCCAUUUUUGUUUGUUUGUUUCUAUAAGCAGUGAACGGCUGGCAGUGUCAGGUACCAUUCCAUUUUAACACUGUAUAUUUAUAAUAAAAGUAAUCUGUUAAUAAA